AUGACUGGUCGCGGCAAAGGAGGAAAGGGACUCGGAAAAGGAGGCGCCAAGCGUCAUCGUAAAGUGCUUCGUGAUAACAUCCAGGGAAUUACCAAGCCCGCUAUCCGUCGUCUGGCUCGUCGUGGUGGUGUCAAGCGUAUCUCCGGUCUGAUCUAUGAGGAAACUCGUGGAGUGCUGAAGGUGUUCCUGGAAAAUGUGAUCCGAGAUGCAGUAACCUACACUGAACACGCCAAGCGCAAGACCGUCACCGCCAUGGAUGUCGUGUAUGCUCUGAAGCGACAGGGUCGCACUCUGUAUGGUUUCGGAGGUUAA